GGGGGUUUCCUGUGCUCCACGCUCUGCCCCACCCCGUGCGAUGUCACCGCGCUCAGCUGACACAAAAACAAGAGUCUGCAGGGCAGAGGUCUCCACUCUGGACCGGGAGAGCUCUUAACCGACUCCAGGAGGUGGGCGCGCUGCGGAGGACAGACGCCAGCGGGAAAAGACUUCAGCUACAGGCCGAGAAGAUGAGUUUCCUGGCAAAUUUGGAAAUGAACUUUGCGGAGUACAUUGUAGACGGAGGGAGAGCCACCCUUGGGGUUAGGCAAAGGGUGGAAAUGGACCCUGCCCACCGGGAGAGACAGAAUGAAGUCAUCUCGCAAGCAGUGUGUGCUCUGCUGAAUUCCGGCGGGGGAAUGGUCAGGGUUGAGAUUGAGAACAGAGACUACAAUUCCGAGUGUGAUGGGGUAGGUUUGAAUCUGCCGCCAUUGUUCAGAAACCAUCUGGACGAGAUGCAUCAGGGGGAGCUCUUUUUAAUAUAUGUGAACUCGUGGAAUGUGGCCGACUCAGGCGUGCCGCUCGCUACCUUGUGUUCCAAUUUGUACCACAGAUGCGGAAGAUUUACUGAGGUCAUGGAUUCUCCAGAAGCCCUGCUGUUCCUCAGAAGAAGGGUUGAGGCUCUUAGGAACGAUGGUGAUCCUGACUUAGUAAAUCCACAGGAAGCCUCUGUUGAUAAUCACAUGAUCUCAGCUUCUGGUUUAUUUGAAGGCUGGCAGCUCCAGUACCUGCAAAAACUCAACUUUGCAGAGUCCCUACACGUUGAUUUUCAAAUGUUCUCUGCAGACCUUUCCCAGGGCCUUAAAGAGAGACUCCCCGUGUGUGUUUCUGCCCUUGCCAAUUCUGAAGGAGGAUAUGUGUUUUUCGGUGUGCACGAUGAGACCUGUCAAGUCAUUGGAUGUGAAAAGGAAAAAUUAAAUCCUUCUACCUUGCUGGCUACUAUUGAUGGCUGUAUCAGGAAGAUGCCUGUCUAUCACUUCUGUGCACAGGACCAUAAAGUGCAAUAUGAAGUCAAAUUCCUGGAAGUGUAUGAGAAAGAGGCCCUCCAUGGGUAUGUCUGUGCAAUCAAGGUAGAACAAUUCUGCUGUGCAGUAUUUGCCAAAGCGCCUGAUUCCUGGGAGAUAAAGGACAAUCAUAUAAAGCAGAUAGCCACAAAGGACUGGGCAGCUUGGAUGGUAGAAACCGACCCAGAGCUUUACAGUUUUCCUCAGAUGACCCUCGCAAGGAGCGUGUUAGACACCACACCCAAAAGCAGGCCUGUGUUCAAACAUACAAGUUUGAGAGGUGUGGAAGAGUUGCAGAAGGAUUACUUUCCAGUGUCACCCAACAGGAUUACAUAUACUCCAGAGAGCGUCUACAGGGACCUCUUCUCAGACCACAGAGGACUAAGAAACCUAAUAAAUUCAGAAAUGCGCUGUUUCUCUCAAGGGGUAUUGGUUUUCUCCCACAGCUGGGCUGUGGACCUAGGUCUUUCAGGGAAGCAAGGAGUCAUCUGUGAUGCUCUUCUAAUUUCCCCCAACAAUGUCCCGAUACUGUACACCAUUUGCAGUCAAUGGACUCUGGGGUACAAGUCUUAUUCUAUGAAAGUCGCUCGUACUCUGAAGGAGCAGUUGGUGAACGUGGGUGGCUACACCGGGAGACUAGGCAUUAUUCCCUUGGUCUUACAGCUGGGUUCUGAUCAACCAGUAAGGCCCAGUUUAGAAAUGCCGGUUUACCCCGAAUCCUAUAACUUCACAACCAUGGAGGAGAUGGAGGAACUGCUGAAGUCCCUUGUGAUCGUCUUGUUUGGGUUCAGAUCCUUCUCAAACGAAGAGCUACCCUCUGAGAUCAUGAUGCUACUCACAGACCAACAGUAUCAGUUGCUUUCAAAGAAUCUUUGCAAGUGUGGAGAGCUGUUUGUUCAUGGCUUACCCGGCUCAGGCAAGACCACUCUAGCUCUCAGGAUCAUGGAGAAGAUUAGGAAUGUGUUCAGCUGUCAAGCCAACAACAUUCUCUACAUCUGUGGGAACCAGGCUUUGACGAGGUUUAUGAGCAAGAAAAACCUUUGCCAGGCAGUGACACAGAAAAAUUUCAUGAAAAAAACCUUUAACAACAUUGAACACAUCGUCGUGGAUGAAGCUCAGAAUUUCCGAACCGAGGACGGGGACUGGUAUGCGAAGGCAAAAUCCAUUGUUAAGACCAGGGGAGGCGACCCGGGGGUUCUCUGCAUCUUUCUGGAUUACUUUCUGAUCAACCACUUGUGCUGCAGCGGCCUUCCCAGUCUCCAACAGCAGAACCAAGUACUGAUCCUCACCAGGAUGCUCCGUAACGGUGACAACAUAACCAACUACCUACAACACAUAAUCCAGCAAAUCAGAGAAAACCCUCCCGUCAAUGUCCCCCCAGAGGCCCUGAGGUUGGGCCAAGAACCCGAAUGGGUUCUACCUGUCACUGGCAGUUUAGAGAUUACUGAUGACUUGAGUUUGGAGCAGAUGGCAAUCUACAUAGCAGAGAAAUGCCAGUGUCUCUGGAGGUCUGGCUAUGACCCCAGGGAUGUCGCUGUUCUUUUCAGCAACACCAGAAAUAUAGACAAAUGUAAAGACAAGGUUCUUCUAGCAAUGAGGAGGAGGACUGCGUCUCAGCUCAGCGAGGAACCCAGUUCCCUAGUGCAGGUCAGAGAGGGGUUGGAUAUUCUGGGUAAUCACAUCGUGUUCGAGAGGGUCCACCGAUUUUCAGGCCUGGAAAGAAGCGUAGUGUUUGGGGUCAUCCCAGUGGCAUCUGACACAGCCAUUUUCUACAAUGUUCUGCUCUGUCUGGCUUCCAGGGCAAGAACCCAUCUGUACAUCGUAAAGCUUUCGGAUUGUUAGGAAGAUAAGUGUCUAGAAGACUUUGAAACUCUUUGAUCUAAACAUUUAAGCACCAAAACAUUUAAUGUGCAGUUAUCCACUUAGGUGACAAGUACUGGUGCAAACAAGUACUGGUGCAAAUGACUCAGACAGUUGUUAGAGAUAGCAGAGGAGCCGGCACUGAGAUUCUGUCUGUCUGCCUGUCUGUCUGUCUGUCUGUGUAUGUGUGUGUGUGUGUAUUGGAAAGUAUUGGUUGUUUGGAGUAGGGAGGAAAGAGCUAAUCAUGAGAAGACCACUGAACUAUAUGUUCUAGUAGACUCAUAUAUUCCUUGUUUUAUUUGUUUGUUUGUUUUUAAUUUUAACACAGACUCCCACAGAAAUGCUUGAUCCUGGUGUAUGGGGAAAUCAUGAAGGGUAGAGGGGUAUAGUUUGUCUGUCUCUAGCAGGACACGUUUUGAAAAAUAAAUUCACAAACUGCAGAUUAUAAUUUCUUGGUGAGACCAGUUUAGAUUGUUGUGUUGUUUUCCAUUUUGCCUUUUAAUGGUGUCACUGUCUUUGAUCUUUGCCUCAUGCAUGACCUUUUCAUUCAGAAUCUUUGCCCUUUGACUCAGCUUUAAUGUUAUUCCUGUGGAGACUCCGGAGUUACUGCGGUCACAGUGCCACAGGGAGACUCCCUCUGUGGGGUUUAGUGGUCUGGAAGGUAGGGGACCUAAGAGGAUGGAUAUACAGAUUCUAAGGUUGACAUCACUUCACAUUUAGUUUAGUAACCAUUGUAUGCACAUGUAAGUCAAAUAUCUGUUCUCCAGGUUCUCAGUAGUUCAACCAGUCUUUCAAGGGCCACUGAUGAAAAAUAUUCAUCAUUUACUUUAGUUUCUCAGAAACUCAAAAUUUAGAGCCAUACAGACUUGUCUUUUUGGGAGACA